AUGAAGUUUAAUGGAACAUAAUUAUUUAAUUAUAAUUGGAAGAAAUUUAAAAUACACGAAUCAAAUAAAUUACAGAGUUUUAUUAAAGAGUUAAUUAAGUUUGCUUUUCUCCUGAUUGCUCUUCAAUAGAAUGUAGCAAUAUUGAUAACUUUAUCCAUUUAUUGGAUGUUAAACCAGGAGAAUAAAAAGCCAAAUUAGUUGAUAAUAUUAAUUGGGCUUUUUCGAUAUGCUUUUCACCUAAUUCUACUACAUUAGCAUCUGCAAUAGAGGAUGGCUAUAUGUCAGAAGGGAAACAAAUGUUUAAAUUAGAUGGACCUAAUCGAAUUGUCCAAUCAAUAUGCUUCUCUCCUUAUGGUAUUAUAUUAGCAUCUAGUAGUAAGGAUAACUCUAAUUAAUUACUGGGUGUUAAGACAAGAGAAGCAUACAGGUUGGGCAUAACUAUUAUAUCAAUCUAACUUAAAUUUUUGUUCUCAUUUGA